AUGACGGUUGCAAAAGCACGUCGUUUGGCCGCUCUGCGUGAAGCGCUAAAAUCGGCUAAUUAUGAUAUCGUUCUCCUUCAGGAGUUGUGGGAAAACAAAGAGUAUGCCAAAUUCAAAGAAGCCCUCUCUGACAGAUACCCUUAUUCGGUGUACUUUCACAGUCAGGUUUUCGGUGCUGGAUUAUCCAUUUUUUCCCAGUGGAAGUUGGAGUCCUUCCUGACUUACCCUUACACUCUCGACGGUUACCCUCAUCACAUACAUCACGCCGACUGGCUAUCUGGGAAAUCAAUGGGAUAUGCCACUCUUGUAACUCCCAAGGGUUUCAGGCUGAACUUGUACGUUACCCAUACUCAUGCUCGUUAUGACAUCGACCAUAAAGAUGACAUCGUCGAAGGUCAUCGCCUUGCCCAAGCGAUGGAAUUGAUGGAGUUUGUACGCGCAACGGCAGGCAGCGCAGAUGCGAUAUUCAUUGGUGGCGACUUGAACCUGGAGCCAUAUACAACGGCUCUGAAUUUGCUGAAGCGUUCGCUCGAUUUAAAAGACGCCUGGCUUGACCAGUAUGUUUGGUUUCUGGCCUCAAAACCUAAUAGCAAACAUAUUAUUCUAACUUUCGCCAAUCCAUAA